UUGCCGCUCUCCGAUCCACUCUAUCGAUCCUCGCCUCGACGGUACACACAGCCGCCAACAAGACACGUAUGAACUAGCAGCAGUGAAGAAGUGAACAUUGAGCGAGCAAGGUAGCUGCCUGCGACUGCGAUGGAGGCGGGCAUGUCGGAAGAGAAGAACGCCCUGGUGGCGGAGCUGGUGCGGGUGCUGGAGAUGGUGAGGCAGCUCGAGGCGCACAUGGCGGGCCAGCAGCAGCAGCAGGCCGGAGGGGAGCAGCGGUGCCGGGCGCUCGUGGGCACCAUGCGCGACUCCAUCCACAGGGCCGUGCACAUGGCCAUGUCCUCCUGCGCCGGCGGGCAGCCGGAGUCGCCGCCCUCUGGCGGGGACGGCAGCCCGCGCAGCGCCGGGUCGGACCAGGCCGGCGACUUCCGGGGCCGCGGCAAUGCGGCGGGCCAGUGCAAGAGGAGGAAGACGCUGCCCAAGUGGAGCACCCAGGUGAGGGUGAGCGCCGUCCAGGACGUCACCCCCCUCGACGACGGCCUCAGCUGGAGGAAGUACGGCCAGAAGGACAUCCUCGGCGCCAAGUACCCAAGAGCCUACUUCCGGUGCACGCACCGGCACUCGCAGAGCUGCAACGCGAGCAAGCAGGUGCAGCGCACGGACGGCGACCCGCUGCUCUUCGACGUCGUGUACCACGGCUCCCACACGUGCGCCCAGGCUCAGCAGCACGGCGCCGCCGCGCACCCCGGCGGCAGCAACCAGGGGGCGCGCCCCGCAGCAGCGAGCGGGCCCGGGGAGCACUCGCAGUCCCAGGCCCAGACGACGGCCUCCCCGGGGUUCGAAGCAGCAGCAGGGCCCGCGCUGCCGUUCUCGCUCCCUUCCAACGGGCCGGCGGCUGGCGCCGACGACGCCGGCGGCAGCCGUCUCCCGGGCGGCGGCGCCCGUGCCACCGCGUCCCCUUUCGUGUCCCCGGCGACGCCGGAGUGCCUGGCCCGGGACGUGCCUCACCCUCACGACGCUGAGCUCGCCUCCACCACGAACUCCCCUAUGCCCAUGGAGGAGAUGGACUUCAUGUUCCCGCUGGACGCCGCCGAUUUCUUGGAGAACCCGGCCAGCUACUUCUAAACACGAAUUCGACCUCACUGUAUAAUCUUCCCUACCCACUCGUGAGUCUGUACGGUAGCCAGAAGCCAGUUAUAGCACAAAUUAAAUCAAAGGACUUUCUUCCAAUCCGCACUGCUGGUGCUGGCAGGCAGCUUGAAUUUCCAAAUCUUGCCACCACGCUCCAUGCACCGGGCUAAUCGUGAUUUCCUCCAUGCUGCCGUCUGCGCGAGGAGCAGGCACACCAGGGCUCAGAUGAUGUGGUCAGUGGUCGAUCGCGAGAUCCUGGUCGAAUUGUAGGACAGUUCAGGACAUGUCUCACGAUUUGAUCCACACGAAGUCACGAACAAAUCACACAUGUGUCCUGACGGACCCGACGUCUGAAUGUUCCUUUUGGAUAACCGAGUGAUCCAGGUCGUGCUAGCAGCAAAUGCCCCGUCAAGUGUCAACGUCCUGUCGCCGCACGAAGAAAUCACACUUGCCCUCGCCCGCAGGCUACUGACCGGGCGGAGACAGCGGCGACGACGACCGCCGGACGCCGAGGCUGCGGAGCCUGACGCGGACACUGGUCAGCACCGCAGCAUGUAUGCUCGAUGCUCGUGCGUGCCCCCGGUCCUGCAGGACAACCUUUUCAGAAAGGGCGAGGUAGACUGUAGACGAGAGAGACUCGGAUUUGGUUUUGCCUGCAGUGGGUUACUCGAUCGUCGUCGUGCGACGGGGAUAGAUGAUGGAAUGUACAAGCAGCGCGCCAUGGAUCACGCAUGGGCUUGUCCUACGAUUAUAGCAAGAAAAGGCUACCCAUAUUGCCAUAUUGG